AUGCCCAUAAAGAGCGUCGCAGUUAUCGGCACGGGCCCAUCCGGGGCCAUUGCAGUCGAUGCGCUGGUCCAGGAACAGGCCUUUGAUGUGAUCCGCGUGUUUGAACGGCAGGAAAAGGCCGGUGGAUGUUGGAUCUCACGAGAAAACGAAACCCCCGAACCGCUCGACAUCGACCGUCUCUCGACGCGCACAGCAGACGCCCCCAUCCCGCUGCCCUCGACGCUCCCGGCGCAUCUGCCCGCCGUGACGCAGCAUCGCUACGCCGACGCCCACAUCUACCCCACGCUGCACACCAACGUCGACGCCUCUGUCAUGGAAUACUCCCAGGAACCCAUUCCCGCCGUCCGCUCCGACGCCUCCAUCGCCCUGCACGGCCCGGACACCCCCUUCCGCCACCAUACCGUCAUCUGCCAGUACAUCGAGGACCUGCUCAACCGCAACGGCUACCAGGACCUGGUCGAGUACAACACCACCGUCGAGCGCGCCAUCAAGGACCCCGUCUCGGGGCGGUGGGUGCUCACCCUGCGCCGCGCGGGCGCCCGCCCAGGAUACGACUACUGGUGGUCCGAGACCGUCGAUGCGCUGGUCGUCGCCUCGGGCCAUUUUAACGUGCCAUAUGUGCCGGCCAUCCCGGGACUGAAAGAGUUUGCGCAGAAAUACCCCGGCAGCGUGGAGCACACCAAGCAGUAUCGGGGACCGGAGAAGUAUCGGGGAAAGGUGCAUCUCCCCCUACCGACAUACCUCCUCUUGUCUAUAGAUAGGUUGAUUGCUGACAACAAGCAGAAAGUCAUCACAGUCGGCGCCUCGGUCUCCGCCGCCGACACGGCCGUCAGCCUGAUCGGCGCCGCGCAGGACCCCAUCAUCGCCGUCGUCCGCGGCAAGUACAACGUCUACUUUGGUGACGAGGCCUUCAAGCACCCGCAGAUCCAGCGGCGGCCGCCCAUCGCGCGCGUGUCGUGUGAGGACGGCGCGCGCACCGUACACUUCGAGGACGGGACGUCAGUCUCCGACGUCGACCACAUUAUCUUCGGCACAGGGUUCACCUGGACGCUGCCGUUCCUCCCGGACAUUCCCAUCCGGAAUAACCGCGUACCGGAUCUGUAUCUGCAUGUGUUCUACCAGCGAGAUCCGUCUCUCGUUUUCCUGGGUGCGGUCGGCGCCGGUUUAACCUUCAAACUAUUUGAAUGGCAAGCCGUGGCUGCCGCGCGCGUGCUCGCUGGCAAGGCCCAGCUGCCCCCGCUAACCGAGCAGCAGAAAUGGGAAGCCGACCGUAUCGCGGUGAAAGGCGACGGCCCGGGGUUCUUGAUGGUGAACCCGGACUUUGAGGAAUACUUUGAGAAGCUCCGCGCGCUGGCCGGGGAGCCUGCGCCGGGCGCGCCGGGACGGCGGUUGCCGCCGUUCGAGCAGGCGUGGGUGGACGAUUUCAACGCAGGCCACGAGCGGCGGCGGCGCAUGUGGCAGCGGGCGAACCGGGAGGCUCAGAUCCGUCCCAGAUCAGCGCACGAUCGGGGUAUUUAUACGGCCGCUGGACCUCGUGAAAUGCACUUCACUGUGCUGUCUUGGUGCUCCCAAAUGUUGUCAAAACACUCAUUAUUCUUCCUGAUCAUCCCUGGGGCCACGGCGAAAUCGCUGUGGUCAAACACUCCAGGCGACUAUGGCAAUUUCAUCACCACCGCGUUUCCUCUAGGCAAUGGCCGGCUGGGAGAAAAGGCAUACGCGGGUGGCAACCCGAACAACUGCAGAGCUGAGGCCCUCCCUGGAAUACGCGAUUUCAUCUUCCAAAAUGGAACGGGCAACGUCUCGGCCCUCCUGGGCGAAUUCCCCUCCUACGGGUCGUACCAGGUCCUAGGAAACCUGACCAUCGACCUGGGGGAGCUGGAGAAUGUCCGUGGGUACAGACGGAGGCUCGAUAUGAAAUCAGGGGUGUAUACGGACGGGUUUGCGGUUGGGAAUGCGCUCUAUAAUAGGACGGCAUUCUGCUCGUACCCGGACCAGGUAUGCGUGUAUCACAUCUCGUCCGCCAACGCUUCUCUUCCGUCUGUCGAGAUCGGCCUGGAAAACCAGGUGGUCUCGCCCGCGCCCAACGUGACUUGUCAUGCAAACAGUAUCAGUCUGUACGGACAGACCUUCCCGACCAUCGGGAUGAUUUACAACGCGCGCGCGACGGUGGUUGUACCGGGGAAAUCGUCGGGCGAUUUCUGCGCAGGAACCGUGGUGCGCGUCCCCAGCGGCCAGAAGGAGGUGUACAUCGUGCUGGCGGCAGACACGAACUACGACGCGUCGAAGGGCAACGCCGCAGCCAAGUUCUCCUUCCGCGGAAGCGAUCCGUACGAGAAAGUACUGCAGACAGCGUCCAAAGCAGCGAAAAAGUCAUACGCCCAGCUCAAAUCAUCGCACGUCAAGGACUUCCGCGCCAUCUCCGACGGGUUCACUCUCACCCUCCCCGAUCGCAGGGACUCGGCAGGAAAGCCCACCACGGAGCUCAUCGCCGCGUACACCCAGCCCGGGGACCCGUUCAUCGAGGGCCUCCUCUUCGACUACGGGCGAUACCUGUUCAUGUCGUCCUCCCGCGCGGGCAGUCUCCCGCCGAAUCUUCAAGGGCUCUGGACGGAGCAGGCGUCCCCCGCCUGGAGCGCGGACUACCACGCCAACAUCAAUCUGCAAAUGAACCACUGGGCGGUUGAGCAGGUCGGCCUGGGCGAGUUGACGGAGCCGCUUUGGAAGUAUAUGGCCGACACGUGGCUGCCGCGGGGACAGGAGACUGCGCGGCUGUUGUACGGGGGUGAGGGAUGGGUGACGCAUGAUGAGAUGAACGUCUUCGGGCAUACUGCGAUGAAAAACGAUGCGCAAUGGGCCAACUAUCCAGCCGUCAAUGCAUGGAUGUCACAACACGUUUGGGACCAUUUCGACUAUACCCAGGACGCCGCAUGGUAUCAGAGCAUGGGGUAUCCCAUCCUCAAGGGGGCCGCGCAGUUCUGGCUGUCCCAGCUAGUCCAGGAUGAGCAUUUCAACGACGGGACCUGGGUGGUGAACCCCUGCAAUUCCCCCGAACAUGGACCGACGACAUUCGGCUGCACAAACUACCAGCAGCUCAUCUGGGAACUCUUCGACCACGUUCUCCGCGGGUGGACAGCCUCAGGCGAUAAAGACCGCCUAUUCCGCCGCGCCAUCGCAUCCAAAUUCGCAGCAUUAGACAAUGGCAUCCACAUCGGCUCCUGGGGCCAGAUCCAAGAAUGGAAGCUCGACCUCGACACUCCCAACGACACCCACCGGCACCUCUCCAACCUUCAUGCCUGGUACCCAGGCUACGCUAUGCACGCGCUCAACAACCAGUACACCAACGUGUCGCAGGCGGUAGCCACAACGCUGCGGUCGCGCGGCGACGGGGUAGCAGAUCAGAACACCGGGUGGGGUAAGAUGUGGCGGAGUGCGUGCUGGGCGCUGCUCAAUCACACGGAGACUGCGUAUUCCAUGUUGACCCUGGCGGUGCAGAACAAUUUUGCAGCCAACGGACUUUCCAUGUACACUGGGGCUCCGCCGUUCCAGAUCGAUGCAAAUUUUGGGAUCAUGGGGGCCGUCACUUCGCUUCUCGUCCGGGAUCUGGAUAGACCAGCGUCGGACCAGACGAAGGUCCAACGAGUGGUACUAGGACCGGCGAUCCCUUCGGCCUGGGGCGGUGGCUCGGUCGAAGGACUGCGCCUGCGCGGUGGAGGGUCUGUACGGUUCGGUUGGGAUCAGCAGGGGAGAGUGACUUGGUGUGAGGCUGAUCUGUCGCGACGGACAGCGCGGGCGCCUGUGUUCAUGGUGGGAGAGGAGAUUAUCAAGUGUUGA